AUGGCUAUAUCCACCUCGCCAAAGAUCGAGCAACAGAAUGAUGAACCCUAUACGAUACUGAACGAGAUUGCUAGAACCAACAAAAUCAACUGCGAAUGGCCUACUCUUCGAACGAUAUUUCAAGAUUCUCUCACAUCCACUUUAUCAUCCUAUCAAUCUCGCGGUCCACCACGUCCCUAUCGACCACCUAUAUCACCCAUCAUCGGACCUGUACCAGAUAUAGACUCUGAAUCUAUCAGAGCUGAUCCAAAGGCUUCUCCCGCUAAAGAAGGAGACAAACCACCUUCCGAAUCACUAUUACUCUCACCUUCUACUCCCAAUACUUCCACCAACCCAUCUGCACCUCGAUCGAUAGAUGUCGAACCUUCCGCAACGCCCUCUUCGGGCAGACUUGAAAGUCUGACCACUCAAGAUGAUCUCAAACCAUCUACGAUAGGUGGACUGGUCAUACCGCCCUUCCCACCACUAGAUCCAAAUAGGCGCAAAGCCUCGGUGUCGGGCCCAUCUUAUUCUGGAGGAACAAUCAUAUCUUCGCCUAGGAGUAUCAACGGGAUCAGAGGCGGGGCACAGCGGAUAGUCACCAUUGGACCGAGCGUGUUGGACGACGAGUACGAUGAGGAGACAGCUAUAGGGGGGAAAGUCCUGCAUGGUUGGAUGGAGGCUGACGAGGCGCAGAGGGAGCUGGAGAGAGUCACAGGGUUAUUGAAUGAUAUGAGAGAUCCCCCAUUCACUGUUCAAAGAUUAUCCGAAUUACUCCUAGAGCCCACCAAGUAUUAUUCGACAUUCGGUAAAUUCAUCCGAGCAGCUGAGAAAUUACUUCUGGUCACUACUCAAUGGUCAGAACCAUCCUACACACCUCAACCUAUAUCUACAUUCUCUGUACCGUCCACUUCCAAAUCAGGUGAUAAUGUACAUGUAUCAGAUCUGGAUACCGAAUCUACCAUGCCCCUUGGAUCAACUACACCAAUGUUCAGUCCUAUCCCGUUUUUAUCGAGUCAAUCUCACUCAGACGACAUGGGAUCGAGCUCAUCUUCAUCUUUAUCUUUGGAGAAUGGUCAGUCUCAAUCAAGGAUGAACCUCGAUGACGGACUAAUGAGUCCUCUGAUGUUAAAUGAAGACAGUGGUGUAUUUGGAUCGAACACUAAUCCUAGAUCACCUACUCCAGAACCUGAAGAAAGUGACCCCACUCAAAAUCAGGAUGUAGAUAUGGAUACGGAUUCUACCCCGAAAGAUGAAGAGGAGACGGAGGAAAAAUUAAAAUCACCUGAUACACCUAUACCAUCCCGACCGAAAGUAUCUCAAGGUCAGUACGAAUCGAUCGAACCUUCUUCUGAUCCUGCACAUCAAAGUUAUCUAGGUAGAGUGGAUGAGUUAGAUACUGGACCUAUAACUUCUACUUCUUCUCCUUCAACGCAAGAUAAGGGAAAUAACAGUAAUGGUGAUUCCUCUCCUUUGAGAUCGAAAAGUAAACAUGGGAAUGGAAUCGAAGAGAUACCUGUUCCUGGGACGGGUGAAGGAGGUAAUAUGACACCUCAUGGGAUGAGUGAAAAGCCCGUUCCAAUAAGCUCGACCACAGUAUUGGAUAGUGAAAAGGAAAAGGAGAAAAGGACGAUAGCGAGUUUACCUAGGUCGAGUAGUGAGAAGAGUCUCAGAGAGAGGUUUGUCAGUGCGGGAAGUGAAGGUGAAGGUGAGCAAUCGAAAGAGGAGAAGAAUGCGUAA